UUCUAUGUUGUUAGUUGUUGAGCUCUUAAUUAUUGGUGUUAAAUUUAUAUUUCGCAUUAUUUAGUUGAAUUGAAUAUAAAUUAGUUACCAGUCAAUUAAUGUUGUCUUUUAAUGAUUAUGAUUCUUUUUGAAGUUGGCUUUACCCCUAGUUUGUGUAAAUUUUAGACAGAAAUGAAAUCUAGAAAUGAUUGUAAACAUAACCUCGAAAUAUUAAUCAAACAAAAAUAAUACUGUUUAAAUUUAUAAAUAAAUCCUGGUUAAGAACAAGAUACGGAUACAUGGCAUCUGUUAAAGUUCCUGAACAAAAAGUUAUCCUUUGUGGUGAAUUCGGAGUUGGGAAGAGUUCUUUAUUCAGAAGAUACGCCUUCAAUUCUUUUGUCACUUCAACUAGCAGACAGUCUACCCUAGGACUUGAUCAUUUUAACAAGGAAUACAAUGUUAAUGGAAAAAGAAUUCGGCUUCAGUUGUGGGACACAGGAGGUAUGGAACGUGUUGCGUCUAUUACCUCGAGCUACUACAAGUUUGCAGAAGCAGCUAUUCUAGUUUUUGCUCUCGACAAUGCUGCUUCAUUUCACGUUCUAUCGCAACAUUUGCUUGACAUUGUGACAUAUGCUGAAAACGCUAAAAUAUAUUUGUGUGGAAACAAGUCAGAUUUGGAAGGUGACACUCCUCAGGUGACCGAGGCCGACAUGGAGAACUUUGGGGAGCAGUGCCACAAUUUGAUUAGUGGAACAUUCAAGACUUCGUGUAAAAACGGCCAAGGGGUUGAAGAAAUGUUUCAAGAAAUAGCUCAACAUUUAGUUCAAGCUAACCGAUCAAGAAUGGAACUACAAACUGUUGAUACUAAAUCGUUCAAGAUUGCUCCAACAGAAGACUUGAAUGAAGAUCCCCCAUGUUUGUGUUAGUCCAACGAUAAAAGGCAUGUGAAAAAAUACUAUCACUAAAAAGUUAACAUAGCAAACUAUUUUUAGCAUGAAACAACAAACUUGUUCCUUGCUCCGUAAGGUCUCAGGUGUGAUAGUGGCGAAUCAGAAGCAAUUUUUGCAGCACCACUCUGAUUUUAUCAGACUACCACACUAGUUUUCUUGAAACUAUAUGUUGUUGUUUUUAUAGUUGAUGUUGGUAACACUGAGGGCCAGUAUUGAUAAAUUUUAUCAGACUACCACACAAGUUUUCUUGAAACUGUAUGUUGGUGUUUUUAUAGUUGAUGUUGGUAACACUGAGCGCCGCCGCCAGUGUUGACAAAAUUUUGUUUAUCUUAUUUCAGGGCUAAUUAUAUGAUUUGUGCUUUUUAUUUGUUGGUUAUAAAACAAUAGGACAAUCUAUUUUUCAUAAUUACAUCGUAAAUUGUAAACAAAAACACGACCCUAGCGGCAUUGGACAGAAUUACAUUAAAAUUGUCUUCAGCUGAUCUAUAAUGAUGAUAAAUAUACUAAGCGGAGUAUGUUUAAUCAAAGGCGGUAGGGUAUGUAAAGUGACAUUUGUUUCAUAACCUCCUUAUCGCUCACAUAUUGCUAGCUAGCCGCCUUUAUCUUACUUACCAAAGACACUUUUUUAUGAAAAGGUACUGUAAUACAAAAAGCUUUUCUUUCAUUGAGACUAACAGGUGUGAUUUGUUUGUACAACAAUUUUUGGCCAGCCUAAAUACGGUAAGAAAAAUUAAACUGUAAUAAAAAGUUAAAAUUGUAUGCUUGAAUAUUUGUUGCUUAUAUUAAAAUAUUUAUUGGCUUAUAGUUCCUUGGGGUAUACUGUUGGAAGAUAAGCCAAAUUGAGUUAAUUCACUCGUUCUUUGCAACAUGUUAUAUGAAGGCUGUUUAGAUGUAUGUAUAUUUUUAGUUGUGUUUAUAAGCUUCAUGUAUAGUUUUUCUGUUCUGCAUCAAAUUUUGAUAUUGUUAUGUAUAUUUAAAUAUAUGUAAGUAAUUUCUUGUUGCUUGAAGAAGAUUCAUCUCAGUUGUGACUAGGGAUAUUUAUUUUCUAUAAAGUCACUACAUAAAAGCAUAUUUGAAUCUUUCAAUAAUUAGUUACUUUCGUCUGUUGUGUGAAAUGUUAAGUCCUACAAUGCAACCUAAAGGUUAAUUUAUUUCAAAAAGCUGGAUUUUUGUUUAUUACUUAACCCUCCGAGUGUCCCUUGUUUUGGCCUUAAUGUCUGCCUAUUUUUUGCUCAUUUGCAAGGUUUUAUUAAAACGGAUCUUUGUUUGGAAAAUCAUGGGCUUCAAUAUUAUACAUUAGAACAUAAGGAACAUUU